AGUUAAGUUAAAUCAGAGGCGGUCACUGGCACACUGCGGUGGUCUCUCUGUCUCCCUCUGUCUCUCUGCUCCGAGAGCAUCAGCAGCCUCCUGGUUCAGCACCACAGGACUCGCUGAGGCCCUCGCCCAAGGCCUGUAUCAGUCACCACAGAUGCACCCUGCUGACACGUCCCUCUGUUUAAAAAGUUCCAGGAUCUGGCACUAAAAAGAGAAAAUGCAGAAUAUAACUGCAGGAGCGAAGGACUGGAUAGAGUUGGAUUGUGGUAUGUCUGGAAACCACAAAUUUCUUUACACCCUGAUACCCAUUGUCUAUGGCUGUAACUUUGUCAUCGGCAUUGUCGGAAACAGCAUGGUGGUGGCCGUCAUCUACUGUUACAUGAAGCUCAAGACGGUGGCCAACAUAUUUGUCCUCAACCUUGCGGUUUCUGACCUCACCUUCCUCAUCACUCUGCCCAUGUGGGCCACCUUUGCCGCCAGGGGCUAUCAGUGGCCUUUUGGAGGAUUCCUGUGCAAGGCCAGUUCCGGGCUGGUGAUCUUUAACCUCUACACCAGCAUCUUCUUCCUCACAGUGCUCAGCAUCGACCGGUACCUUGCCAUUGUGCACCCAAUGCGAUCACGCAGGUUCCGCACUGUGGUGUACGCACGUAUAACCUGCGUAGUGAUCUGGCUCUUUGCCUUUGUGCUCAGCUUGCCCACAGCUCUUACCAGGGAUGUCUACAACAUCACGAGCCUUAACACUACAGUGUGUGCCAUUCUGCAUGGGAAUAAUGAAACCAUGAGGUUCAAGGAGCUCCUGCUCACGAUCAGCCUCAUGAAAAGCUUGCUGGGCUUCCUGGUGCCCUUCAUCAUCAUCAUAACCUGCUACUGCCUCAUUGGCCGUGCGCUGAAAGCGGUGAGACACAUCCAGAAAAGCUCCCGUUCAAGGGACGACGAGGUCCUGCGCAUGCUCGCCGCAGCUGUCCUGGCCUUCUUCCUGUGCUGGGUGCCCCAUCAGGUGUUCCACUUCAUGCAGGUGCUCACCCAGCUGAUGAUGGAGAAGGAUUGUGCCCUCUUGGAAAUCAUUGACACAGCCAUGCCCUUCACUAUCUGCAUCGCCUACUUCAACAGCUGCGUCAACCCUAUCGUGUACGGCUUCGUGGGGCACAACUUUCGCAAGAACUUACUGCGGCUGUUGCGCUGCUCUCCAGGGGGACCCACUGGGCCUCAUCCGAGCAUCAGCUCCAAGAUGAGCGCCCUGUCCUUCCGUGCCUCAGAGGCGCUGAGUCUUACAGCCAAAAGUAAGGCCUCCUCUGACGUUAAGUGAAUAAAAAUAAAAAAAACGAAAGAGGGUGGAGACAUUCCAUGUUUUUAAAACCCCCAACUGUAUUAACAAGCACUGAACUAUGGAGAAUGUCUGUAAAGUUGUAAUCUUUCCCCUCUUACUACGUCACCACGAACACUUAUCACAUCCACGCAGGUGAACAUUUCUGUCAGUGUCACAAAGAAGAAAAAAAAAACAGGAAUUGGGCGCACAGAGAAUUCCCCUGCUAGAAAAAACACCUAUAGAAUCUAUAGAUGAUUACAGUUUGCUUUCACCAUUAUUUAUAUAUAAGAUGUGUAUGUACUGCAGGAUUUCAUUGCCAUUAUACCUUGAGGAUACAGUGACGUAACAUAUUGUGCAGUGAUAAUCAUUCUGUGUGCUCCUCAGGUCCUCAAACUAUCGGACAAGUUAUCAUGUGCUCACCACUCGUGCGUGUUCUGCCAUCAGUUGUGUACAAUGAACAAUUGGAACUAUGUAGCCAGUCAUGAUGUAAAAUCGUCCCUGCUGUUAACAUAUUCGACAACUUGUGCCUAUAUGUUAAAUAGUCCUGUCAAAUCAUGAGCUCUGAGUGAAAAUGUAUGAUAAGUGUUUAUAACUCCCUGUAAUGCUGUUUCCAUGUAACACACAGUAUGAAUAAGAGUGACACACACACACACACACACAC